GCCUUACACGUCUAAAAUGUCCAACACGUUACGGCCCUAUCUCGCUGCAGUGCGGUCCACCCUGACUGCAGCGCUUACACUGGAGGACUUCGCAUCUCAGGUCGUCGAACGGCAUAACAAACCUGAGGUGGAGGUCGGACAGUCGAAGGAGGUGCUGCUCAACCCGUUGACGAUCUCGCGGAAUGAAAAUGAGCGCGUCCUCAUUGAGUCUUCUAUUAAUUCUAUCCGAUUGAGCAUCAAGAUCAAGCAGGCAGACGAGAUCGAGCGGAUAUUGUGCCACAAGUUCACGCGGUUUAUGAUGCAGAGAGCGGAGAGCUUCGUCGUGUUGCGGAGAAAGCCAGUGAAGGGGUAUGAUAUCUCCUUCCUUAUCACGAACAACCAUACGGACAUGAUGCUCAAGCACAAGAUUGUCGACUUCAUCAUUCAAUUUAUGGAAGAGGUGGACAAGGAGAUCAGUGAGAUGAAGCUCAGUCUGAAUGCCCGUGCGCGUGUUGUCGCCGAGUCCUAUCUGGUUGCUUUCAGCUCGUAAGGCGUUUCUCUAGUGACUUGGUGUUAAGCUAUGUGCGGGAGCGGUUGGAGUUGGACGGCACGCUGCACAUGCAAGCAUCACGGACGGUUAUCCACGGCACUUAUUGUAUCACUACUGAAGGAAUACAGCUGAAUCCUAGAAUACUCUUCAUGCCAUCCCGCUCGAUUUGUGGCUGGCCCGCCGUCC